UGGGUAUAUCAAAAAUUGUGAGUGGUCACGCUGAUAGGAAUAAUUACUCACCUUAUUAAGUUUAUUUGACUUGCGGUCCUAUACCUGAUAUCUGGCCUAUCAAUUCACAAUAUCUUUUUAUUAUAUAGUCCCGGCCGACGGGCUAUUUGCGACUGCUGGUGAAAUUAGACUAAUUUCGCGCGGUUUUACUCAUCAUCAUCUACCAAUCCAAUUUAAAUUUCGCUAGCUAUACAAAACAGAGGCACGUGCUUGCAGUCUGCAGAAUUUAAAUAUAGUGAUAAACUUGUAUAGCUGUUCAAGAUGCCAACAGCACUGUCAGAGUAUGAGAAGAUUCGAUUAAAAAACAUUGAAGACAAUAAGAAAGUUCUUGCUGAACUUGGCUUGAUCAACCCAUUUGAAAGAUUUCCAAAAGUUGUGAAAAAGACUGUCAAACGGAAGCGAGAAGCACGCCCAGAGCCACCACGGAAGGUGAUUGUUCGUGAAGAUGGCACCGAGUUCCAAACGAAUAACGGUAGUGAUUUUGCUGAUGGCCAUCGUCGCUCCCGAAGGCUCAAAGGCCAGAAAGCUCUGGAAGGAAAGGAGCUGCUAGUAGAUGAUGUAUCGUACAACAAUGAUGUAGCCUACAAGCCAAAGAAAGCACCUCCAAGGGAGAAUUCCUUUGGAGUAAUUCCAGGAGUGGAGGUAGGUACUUGGUGGUGGUCAAGAAUGGAAUGUUCAGCUGCUGGGAUCCAUAGGCCUACCGUGGCUGGCAUCCAUGGAAAUGAACAGGAGGGAUGCUAUUCAUUGGCGUUGUCCGGAGGUUACGAAGAUGAUGUUGACCUUGGUGACUGUUUCACAUACACUGGUUCAGGCGGGCGAGACCUCAAAGGGACAAAAAGCAACCCAAAGAACUUACGAACUGCACCCCAAUCCAAAGACCAAACCUUAACAAGAGUAAAUUUGGCUUUGAGUCGCAAUGCAGAAAACGGUCGACCUGUGCGGGUCAUUCGUGGCUACAAACUUGAUAGUCCGUUUGCCCCUGAUGACGGAUACCGCUAUGAUGGUCUAUAUAAAGUUGAGAAAUACUGGUUUACAACUGGGCUGUCUGGAUUUGGAGUCUUUAAGUACGCCCUAAGACGCAUUGAGGAUCAGGCUCCGCCCCCGUGGGAUCUGAUCGACAGAAAUGAAAGUCCAAUCAAGAACAAGUCAAUCAAAGACGAGGAAACUGAAAUCUUGGAUGAAAAACAUAACACAAUCAAAAAUGCUGAUGAAUAUGAGUCUUAAAUAAAUCAAUCUCAACACGUAAAAUUGCUGCAAGUAUGGUGCUAACUGUGUGGAUACAAAUUAUAAGGGUUGAUUAUAUUAUUUUACAUUAUAAAGUUCACUGCCCUCUAAAUAUUUUAGCUUUUUAAUGUACUUAUAUGCCAUUAUUUGGUAUAAGCUGCUUAAUUGUUUAUAUUAUAUACCUGUACGUAAUUUUAGGAUUAGCUGUGUGCAUUUUUAAC